CUUUUCUGACCUAAAAAUACAACUAAGAGAGACACGUUGUCGCUUGGGUUUUUCUGUACCUUUUGCCUUGUUUUUACGCACACAUCGCACUCGCACCGUCACAGUUAUUGCGAUAUAAUAGCGUUUUUUGUGUAUAAAAUGUGGUUGUGAUUCUUUAAAAAAAUCAGUGGUUGUUAAAGUUGUCCAGCCUAAUAUAGAAUAUUUGAAACUUGUAAUGAAGUUAAUACGAUACAUUCUGAAAAGGUUAUUACGAUAUAAUCGCGUUUUUCAAUGUGUAUAAAAUCUAGGUUUGAUUGUUUGAGCAAAUCAAGGCAUGUAAAAGUUGUCCAGCUUAAUAUAUAACAUUUGUAAAGGUCAGUCGUAGUUAUCAGUGAAGAAUGCAAGUAGUUUUUAACGUUUAAAUGUUUACUUCGAAUAUCUGUUGAAUCUCUGAAUAUGAAACCAUCCACAUUCGAUCGAAGGCUCGCGAGAACGUGGCGUGAUCUGCACUGAUAACCGCCAUAGACGCCAUUUAUUCCUUGACUGACUUAGUAACUGGAGUUGGAAAUCAACCAAACCAACCGGCAUAGUUUCCUACCUGCAACACCCUGCAAGGCUCCUUUUUGAAAGGCUACUCCUCAUGUGCACUUUGGGGCCAGAUGGCUGUGCAAAAUGCUGAGCAAGCACUUCACUGGAUUUCCUUCUGUCCCUCAAGCUGACCAGACUGCAGAAUGGACUUGUGAUGAAUGGGUAUUCAAAAUCCUAUGGAUGUCUUGUUGUAUUACAAAACUAAUGAUGGUGGGUUAAAACUCUUGGUGGACAAAUCUGAAAAGGCUUUGGAGGACUUCCCCUGUCGUGUUUUGCCUACCUUUAAACCCUGGUUCCCACCUGAACAAGACUAUUCGCUGCCUAUUAGACCCUUAAAGGCGCCUCCAGUAAUUUCUCUGGAAGAUCUGGAAAACCUCCAAAAAUGUCUGUUGCCGGCUGACAUUGCUGAGCCAUUACUCUGUGAGGAAAGCCUUCAGAAUGUUGCCCUAACAAGUUUGGGAAGAUCCAUGCUGCAUGCACAGGCCUGUUCUGAGCCUGGAAAGGCAGCACAGAAUGAAUACAAUCUCCAAAGGAAAUUACAAUCUCCAAAGGAAAGACGAUCAUGGAGUGUUGUUUCGCAUCACGGUUUAUUUCUUCAGGGCACUCAAAGCUUCUCCAAACGAUUCCACAGGGUUGUUUGGAUGCACAGACUUCAUAUGCGCCAGAGAGCAAAAUGGGUUAUUGAUGAACUGAAUUGUGUCACUAGCAAUAUAGAAAAAAUAUGGAGAGAAUUGAACCAAGCCAUCAGGAACAUCAAGCUUCCAACUUGCAAUGCCAACAUUCAGAGGGAUUUGACACAAAUAUGGGUGUUCUGUGAUGUAUUGUACUGUGAAUAUGUUGGACAUUAUUUAAAGGAAGAAUUUCAACUUACUGGCCAGAUCACUUUAGUUGUUCAUAAACUUGGAAAUAUUUUGAGUUUAUAGAAAUGAGCGAAUACCAGAUUUAUGUUACUGACAUGUUUUUUUGUACUGUUUUCUAGUCGCAUUAAUUAAACUCACUUAACUUUGA